GAGGAUCUGUAGUGUUCAGCAGUUCUUUCAGAAUGGAGUCUAUACUAAGAUAUCUGGACUGGACGUCUGUGGGUUUGGCCCUGGUGGGUGGUCUGGUCUCUCUGGUUCUGCUGGAGAUCUUCAGGUUGAACUCUUUCAUCAGCCGAAGCCCUCCUGGACCCAAACCAAUGCUGUUCGUGGGGAACCUGCCUCAGUUCAUGAAGGAGAAAAUGAACUUCAUUAGAUCGAUGCCAAAAUAUGGGGAGAUGUGCUCUUUAUAUCUAGGAAGGAAGCCAACGAUUGUGCUGAAUACUGCGCAGAUUGCGAAGGAAGUUUUUGUUCAGAAUGGGACAUUUUUUUCUGGAAGACCAGACAUCCCUAUAAUACAAUGGGUCAACAACAAAGGACAUGGUAUCAUAAUGGCCCCUUAUGGUCAUUCUUGGAGACAGCAGCGCCGGUUUGCUCUGCACACUAUGCGUGACUUUGGUCUGGGAAAGAAAAGUGUGGAGGAGCGUGUGGCUGAAGAAGCACGUUACCUUAUAAAGGAGAUGCUCAAACAAGAAGGGAAGCCUUUUUACCUCAUCCAUCCUAUCAUGAAUGCGGUCUCCAACAUCAUCUGCUCCAUCGUCUUUGGAGACCGCUUUGAUUAUGAUGACAAGCGCUUUGCUAAGCUUCUGGAAAUUAUAAAUGAGAAUAUUCGGUUUGCAGGAUCACCAGUAGCACAGAUCUUCAACUUGGUCCCCAUUAUAAAACACUUCCCGGGGCCUCACCAUAAAAUCCGAAACAAUGCAAUGUCCUUACAAGGCUUUAUCUUGGAUAUGGUGGAGGAGCACAGGAAGACUCUGGACCCGGAGAAUCCCCGGGACUUUAUUGACGCCUACCUGGUUGAGAUGAUUAAGCAACAAUCAAAUGAAGAUUCCUCAUUCCACAACAACACUAUGUUAAGAUCGACCUCUGACUUGUUCAUCGCUGGAACAGAAACUACGGCAAACACUCUUAGAUGGGGCCUCAUUUACAUGAUGGAGCACCCUGAUGUCCAAGAGCGCUGUCAUGAGGAGAUUGUUCGAGUGUUGGGUUUCGACCGCUUUCCCUCCAUGGAUGAUCGUGCACAGCUCCCGUUCACUCACGCCACUGUUCACGAGAUCCAGCGCUGUGCUGACAUCGUUCCUCUGGGUGUGGUGCACACAACCACACAACCAACCAAGCUGCGAGGAUACAACAUCCCAGCGGGAACAGAUAUCAUGCCCAACCUAACAGCCAUCUUAACUGACAAAGAGCACUGGAAGUACCCGAAAACAUUUAACCCAGAGAACUUUCUGGAUGAGAAAGGACAGUUCUGCAAAAAUGACUCCUUCCUGCCCUUUUCUCUUGGUCCGAGAGUUUGUCUGGGUGAAACUCUGGCAAGAACAGAGCUCUUCAUCUUCUUCACCUCUCUGAUCCAGCGGCUGAAGUUCUCAUGGCCUGCAGGAGCUCCACCACCAAACAUGGAUGGUGUUGUGGGAAUUGUCCGCUCAAAUUUACCCUUCAAUACAAUCUGCCACUGCAGGGGAACCACUCACUGAUUCAGACCUUGUUCAGCUUUUAUGUUAUCAACCGUGGAGGACUUUAUUUGGUUGUCCCUGACCCAUAUGUUAAAGAUCAAUCAAAGCACAUUGGUUUACUCCAGGACUGACCUGGAAUACUUGUAUAAUAUGUGACUUUACAUUUUUCUUUCAGAAUUUUUUGUCAAAAUAAUGAUUCAUUUUGCUUGUCAUGACUCUUUUUAAGGUAUAUCAUUAGACUGUGUAAGGAAUCUUCAUUUCAGUCUUCAAGGUGAUGAAAACUGAUUAUGAUGAAAAUCGUUCCUUUAUGUAAAUAAAUUAAACACAUCCUCUAGUUUCA